UGCAGCUCCUGGAAUUUGAAGCUGAUGCUGGACAUGGGGCUGGAGGAUGAGCGCGAGAUGUUGAUGGGGUCCGGAGACCCACAGGAGAAGGAAGAGGAGGAGGAAUUAGUGGAUUCCCUAACAAAAGUGAGAGGUCAGUGUGAGCAGCUGGAGAAAUGUGCAAAGGCUCAGGAGCGAUUAGAGGUGUGUGACCAGCGUGUGUCGUCCAGGUCAAAAACAGAGGAGGGGUGCACUGAGGAGCUCUUUGACUUCUUGCAUGCACGGGACCACUGUGUAACCCACAAACUCUUCAACAGCCUGAAAUAA